GCUUUGUUUGUUGUUGUGCCCAGCCCUAGAGGCCUCUAACCUCUACCCACUCUGCGCACUCUCUGUGAAAACGUCAGUGUCAAACGCAGUAGCAUCUCCGAUCAUUCCAUUCGCGAUUCCAGCGAGGCGAGAAGCGAAAGUCGCCUCAGCAUUGCUGUCAAUCUCAUCGACAAAGCCGCGCUCCUCUCCAGAAGUUACCUUCGGAAAGCUGUGGUCAUGGACUGUUUGUCUGAUGAGCGCGACUUGACGGUGACCCUACCCGAUGAUGUGGUGGCUACAAUUUUCUCCUUUAUGCACCCAACUGAUCUCGUCUCACAUAUUCCUUUUGUUUGCAAGAGAUGGUAUCAACUAUCGAAACAUCCUGAUGCCUGGCGCUAUGCUGAUUUAAUAGUUGUGCCCAUCAGACUAAUGGAAAAAGCAUCUGUGAUGACUACGGCUACAUGGAAUCUCAGCAAUCAUCUUCUGAAUAUGGCCAAAGUGGCUCCAUACCUGCGCUCAGUUAACUUGAGUAUGGUUGAUACAAUGUAUCCCUGUGCGGAAAAUGUUGUCAAGGUUCUGCUUAAAGGCAAUACAAAUGUCAAAAACUUCUACACUUUCCCCAACUGUACUAAAAAGAUGCAAUCCUACACAUUGAAAUUGCUUCGAAAGUUUGCUCCAUCAUUGCGCUCGAUCAAAUUUUCUUGUGGUGACGGAGAUUCCAAGAAAGCAGCAACUUUCUUUGAAGGUGUAAAUGAAUUGCUUCAAAUAAUAUCUGAAGCUCCAAAGCUUAACUACCUUGCCCUUGAUUUUCGUAAUUUAAACAGUUUCCGAGGAUAUGCUGGUCAACUUGGGGAAGGAUGUUCUGUAUUGAAAAAGUUUGAAGUAAUGAACCAUCAACCUUGUCAAGAUAAUAUUAUCCUGGAUGUUCUGAGAAGCAAAAAGGAUCAGCUUGUACAAGUUGGAUUUGAUUCAGAUCUCAGCCAAGAUGUGGCCGAUGCUCUAAAGGAAUGCCAUGGCCUUUUAAAAUGUCGCUUACUUCAAAAAAAUAUUUCUCUUGUUGAGAGUAUGAGCCACCUGGAUGCACUUGAAGUUGGCUUCAUUGAAGUUCGUGCUCCACGUGAUAUGCCAGUUGAUAGCCUUAAGUCCUCCAAUAUUUUACCCCACAUUUCAAAACUAACUUUGAAGGGUAGCUGGACUCGUGGGCUCAAUUCUGAUUUAGUGUCGGAAGUGUCUACAAAUACUAUUGAUGUAUUGGCUCAAAAAUGCAAAAAUGUUGUUGUUUUGAAUUUGGUUGACAUCAACCUACCUGACUAUCUUCUGAAUUCGCUUAUGACUAACUUCCCAAAUUUGCGAGAAAUAUUAGUUGACUGUUGCGAAGGUAUAACAGGUCAACACAUAAAACUGUUAUCUGAGUUGCCUACCCUGCGAGUGGUCACCAUGUGUGAUAUCAUUGUUGAAAGUGAAGAGGCAGCUCUAGAAUUAGAGUCCGCUUUUGAUGCAUUGAGUCGAUCUAAACCCUAUGCUGUUCUUGCUCUUAGUAGUGAAAUGUCUCCAUUUGUGGAUCUGGAUAGUUCAGAUGAUGACGAGCUGGAGUAUGAUGAAUUUGGUGACCCUGUAUUUACGUACUAUGAUUAUUUGCGCAACAAAUAUGGAGAUGACAUUAGUGAUAUGGAUUUGUGGGCUCUAGCUUCUUCUGAUGAAGAUUGAAAAUCUAAAUUAGAUCAGGAUCAGUAUACAUCAAGGAACUCCUUUUUUCCUAGAACUGGUGUUCAUCUAUGUAAAUAUUUAUCUUUUUGCCUUUUAAAAUAAAAAUGCAUGAAUCCUUUUGUUUAAA